GUGAUUGGCCCUACAUCUGUUUACGUCAUUCUAUUUCUAUUUUCCACAACAGAGGCUGGGAAAAAAACUGCGAAUUUUUUUAAGAUUCCGUCGAGGGAGCACUCUGAGAUGUCGUACGUGUUCGUCAACGACUCCCUGCAGGCUACAGUGCCGCUGCUGCAGGCCUGCAUCGAUGGGGAUCUGGCUCACACCAAACGCCUCCUGGAGUCUGGGUUUGACCCGAACAUGAGAGACUGCCGCGGACGCACCGGCCUGCAUCUGGCUGCCGCUCGGGGGAACGUGGAGAUCUGCUCUCUUCUCCAUAAGUUUGGUGCUGAUCUGCUGGCCACCGACUCGCAGGGAAACACGGCUCUGCACAUGUGCGGACAUGUGGACACCAUCCAGUUCCUGGUGUCCAACGGCCUCAAGAUUGACAUCUGUAAUCACAACGGAGCCACUCCUCUGGUUCUGGCCAAGAGACGCGGCGUGAAUAAAGAUGCUCUUCAUCUGCUGGAGGGUCUGGAGGAGCAGGAGGUGAAGGGCUUCAACCGCAGCUCACACUCCAGUCUGGAGAAGAUGCACAUGGCUGAGAAUGAGAGUGCCAUGGAGAGCCACUCUCUCCUGAACCCACACCUGCACCACAGCGACGGCGUGUUGUCCAGCUUCAAAACCACCUGGCAGGAGUUUGUGGAAGAUCUUGGUUUCUGGCGAGUGCUCCUGCUGCUCCUCGUCAUCGCUCUGCUCUCGCUCGGCAUCGCUUAUUACGUCAGCGGAGUCUUACCUUUCGCAUCCAACCAGCUGGAACUUGUGCAUUAAACCACCGACACAUAAAAAGAUCAUUAACCCUUGUGUAUUGUUCAGAUUGACUCCCCUUUCGUUAUGUUGGGGGCUGUUUUUGCCCCGUUGACUUCCAUUAUAAUCACAUUUAUAAAUCGCAAAGCCUUGACAGGAUAUAAUCAUGCAUUCUUAAUUGUUGGUGGUUUUCCCUGAUGGGAAGAGAACAGAUGUGUCAUUUUUACUGCUGAUCAUCAGUCGGCAACAUUAACCCUUUAGAUAUGCCUGCGCAAAAGAGUUUAUAGCUUUUAUAUGAAGUUCUGUGGAGUAAAACAGCAGCUUAUAGUGUGUGUGCAGAAAUACACUUACUGUGUUUACUAUGUUCUGAGAGCUCAGCGACUUAUUUAGAUUUUCUGAGACAUAUCAAGGUGAGUAUAAGACCUUUUCACACUCACCUUGAUUCAGUAUGUCUGAGAAAGUCAAAAUAAAACCAGCAACAAUCCAGAAUGCAUGAUUAUAUGGUGUCAAUGCUUUGCAAUCAAAAAAUGUGAUCAAAAUGGAAGUCAAUGGGGUAAAAACAGCCCCCAACCUAACCAAAGUGUUGUAAAUUUGUCCGGAGUGUUUUUUCAAAAUAAGAUGUCACCGAAACUCAUUUCAAUUUCUGAAACACAGGAAAGGGCGAAGCAGUGGCGCAGUAGGUAGUGCUGUCGCCUCUGGGUCGCUGGUUCGAGUCUCAGCUUAGAUGACGUUUCUGUGUGGAGUUAGCAUGUUCUCCCUGCGUUCGCGUGG